UUUCUUCACAUUAUUCUGAUUAGGGCUUUUACAGUUCGAAAAACCUGCAUGCUGAUUGGCUUAACAGCAAUCAUCCCAUCGUGGUGAAACAAACUCGCGUUACUCUGUCGAAGAGGAAGAGGAGCGAGGCGCAUCGCCUCUGCAUAGUACCAUCUUUCUCUCCUUUUUUAAAAUUUAACAUCAGCUAUAGUAGGCUAUUUGGCAAUAGUCUGCAAGGACAAAGGAGCUUUGGAGGUGGAGGAACAGGGCAAUGAUGACGGGCAAAUCUGUGAAAGACAUUGACAGAUAUCAGGCUGUCCUCAACUCUUUACUGGCGCUGGAGGAGAAUAAAUUCUGCGCAGACUGCGAAUCAAAAGGUCCGAGAUGGGCGUCCUGGAACUUGGGCAUCUUUAUCUGCAUCCGCUGUGCUGGCAUCCAUCGAAACCUUGGGGUGCACAUCUCCAAGGUCAAGUCUGUCAACCUGGACCAGUGGACGCAGGAGCAGAUCCAGUGUGUCCAGGAGAUGGGGAACGCCAAAGCCAAACGCCUCUAUGAGGCUUUCCUACCGGAGUGUUUCCAACGCCCUGAGACAGACCAGUCUGCAGAGAUCUUCAUCAGGGACAAGUACGAUAAGAAGAAGUACAUGGAUAAAGUCAUUGACAUCCAGAUGCUCAGGAAAGAAAAGAGCUGUGACAACAUACCCAAGGAGCCGGUUGUGUUUGAGAAGAUGAAACUGAAAAAGGACAUCAGCCCGAAGACGCAGUCCCAGUCCGUCACAGAUCUGCUUGGAUUAGACGCCCCUGCCCCGAGUCCUGCGGUGUCUAAUGGUGGCGGGUGUGCUCCAGAGGAGAAACAGAGCCCAGCGGUGGCUAAUCCGGCUCUGUCACACUCCGCCCUGGAUCUGUUCAGCUCUCUGCCAACAUCCUCAUCUGCCUCCUCCACUAAGACCACGCCUGUAUCCAGCAGCUCCAUGCCUCGCAGCAGAGUGGCUGCCUCUGUCCCUGAGAACCUCAGUCUGUUCCUGGACCCGGCGCCCAAAGCAGAGGAGACCACCGUCAAGAAACUGUCCAAGGACUCGAUCCUGUCUCUGUACGCCUCGGCUCCCUCGGUGCACGCCAACAGUAUGACCGCUCACGCUGGCCUGUACAUGAAUCAGAUGGGAUACCCCACACACCCGUAUGGUUCAUAUCACUCUUUAGCCCAGGCAGGUGGGAUGGGAGGAACCAUGAUGGCGUCACAGAUGGCCAUGAUGGGCCAGCAGCAGAGUGGAAUGAUGGGAGUUCAGCAAAGCAGCAUGAUGGGACUCCAACAGAGCAGCAUGCUGGGACAACAGAACGGCUUGAUGGGUGCCCAGGGAGUCAUGGCUCAGCCUGGUGGGGUUGCAGCAUCACCCUACAUGACAGGGAUGACUCAAGGCAUGAUGGGACAGCAGCAGAGCGGUAUGAUGGUUCAGCAGCAGAACGGCAUGAUGGGACAGCAGCAGAAUACCAUGAUCGCGCAGCAGCAGAGUGGGAUGAUGGGACAGCAGCAGAAUGGCAUGAUGGGACAGCAGCAGAUGGGAGGUUUGCCCACAUUACCUCAGCAGCAGGUGUACGGAGUGCAACAAGCCCAGCAGCUGCAGUGGAACAUCACCCAGAUGACUCAGCACAUGGCGGGCAUGAAUUUCUACGGCACCAACGGCAUGAUGGGAUACAGCGGUCAACACAUGGGAGGAUCAACGACGCCGAGCUCCGCGCACAUGGCAGCGCACGUCUGGAAAUGAACUCCUCUGCCCCCAGGAAGCGAGACAACGUCAACAACCAACACGGGAGCUAGGAAACUGGGUUAGAGAAAUUUCUGGACUCUCCUUAAGAAAUUUUUUGAAUGCAAGGGGGGAGGAGGAGGAGGAGGAGGAGGAAGACGAAGAGGAAGAGGAGGGUGGAGCCAGGUCUGAGGAAUAAGGUUUAGGAAACUACUACUACCUCUCUUUCUCUCUCCUCUCCAAACACCUUUCCUCUUCCCAUCUCAUCCAUAGCCAUGUUUUGCAAAUUCCCAUGCUUGCCUUCAGAACAUUCUUAUAUGGCAACCCAGACAAAUGAAAACAGGGUUCAGAGGCCACGCAUCUCAUAGUCUACCCUGCCUGUGUGUG